UCAUGAUAGGUUGUUCUGUUGUCAUUAUUAAUUACAUGCGUAUUGUUCAGCAGGAAUUUUAAAGUUUCACGGUUUCGGUCUUACUUACUAUAGUCUAGAAUUUAUACAUUAAUCUACUUGCUUACUUUCAGUUACAUCUUACAUUUUAGGCCUCUAACGUUUAAGUUAGAUAGGCUAUAAUAAUUAAUUAUUCACAUUUCUUUCUAAUACAGGCUAGGCCAGUUACCUGCUAGGCCUAUACUUGUAAUCAAAAAGGAAUAGGCCUACAAAUUCAGUAUUGGUUUUCCUAAAUUAAUUUGUUGGCUGCUACUUAGUUACUUAGUACUAUGACUCCUCUUGAUGUGAAAAUUGGACAGAUGUGGUUUUUUGUGGUCUUUUCUGCUGCAUACAUUAUUACCAGUACACACACAUUGAAACGAGAAGACUGUGAAGUUUGUAUAAAUGUUGUGGAGCGAUUCAGCAAAGGACUGACAGAUGAUCUCAAAACAAGUCAAAGAACAAUUGAACAUGAAUUUCGGAAGUUUUGCAAAACCAUAAAAGAUGACAAAGAAGACAGAUUUUGCUACUAUGUAGGUGGGAAAGAAGAGUCAGCCACUGGAAUAUUGGGAGACCUGUCAUGGCCAAUCAAAGCUUCAAUGCCAGCAGAUGUUGUGUGUUCCAAACUCAACAAGAAAGACUCACAGCUCUGCGCAUUGAGAUACGAGAAAGAAAUAGAUCUCAAUGCAGUCGAUCUGAAAAAGCUGAAAGUUAGAGAUUUGAAGAAGAUUUUGAACAAGUGGAAUGAAGUAUGUGAAGGUUGUAUAGAGAAAAGUGAUUACAUCAAGCGAAUUGAAGAAUUAAAGUCAACAUAUGUGAAAGAGGAACUUUAAGUGUUUCUUUAAGCUUUAAAGGACUGGAUCUAAUUUAUUUAUUUUCAAGACAUAUUUUUAAGUCUUUUGUUAUAAUAAUAAUACCUUUAAAAAUA